AUGGCCCCGUUAGAGCUGCAGGUUUUAGAGUCAACACAGCGGCGACAGCGAGCUCGCCGGCAUCAGCGAGGCGCUGGCAAGCGUGGCGGACGCCGCGACCCCAGUCUACUUGAGCGUCUCGAUAGUAACAACAGAGCAGCGGCGCCGCCGUCGACGCUGCCUGCACGGAUGACAGAGUCAUCAGUACCGGCGGAGAAUGUCUUCGUGUUUCAAUCUAGACAGCCAGCCUCCACGACGCCGACGACAGCAACCACGGCGCUGUAUCCGGCUCAGCAAUGGCCUUCUUCAGUCGCCAGCUUUACCUGCCUCGCGCCAGCAGCUAGCCCCGUCCUAAUCGAGCCGUCAACCGCUGUCGCAGAGUUUUCACAGCUAUCGCCAGCCUCACCCCGCUCCGUCAAUCGAUUACCGGACUUACGAGCAAUACAAUGGGUCGUAUAUUGGCGGUUAUACACGGGUUCCAGCGCCGGCGUGGCCAUCAACAGCGCCAACGGGACUGAGCUAUCAGGCUCAACCUCAGCGAUUGCCGCCGCCGUCGCCGGCAACAAACUAUCAGCAGCCUCAUGUUAG